CUGGGCUGGGAGCUGUUCCCAGCACCAGCAGCAGCAUUCCCGGCUCCAGGCCCAGCCCGUCUCCUCUGCCAUCCCCUGCCGCCUCCUCCUCCCGCUCCUGCCCCCCGGGCCAGCGAUGGGACCCCCGUCCCCUUAGCCCUUUCUGCUGGGGCGGGGGCCCGCCGGACCAUGGCCCCGGGAUGCCGGGAGGCGCCCCCGCCGCCCGGCAGCAUCCCUAGCCCGGCUUCCAGGCCCGGAGGGACAGGAGAUGGGACUCAAGGCCAGGAAGAAGGGGGCGGCGGCGGGGGGGGGCGGCCACCAGGGUAACCCGGCCGGCCGGGGGCCCGGCCGGGACCAGGAGCCGGCCCACCUGCCGCUGGGCCCCGGGCAGGACAGGGACGGGACGCUGCUGCUGCCCCUGGAUGGGGCCGGAGGAGGAGGAGGACGAGGACCAGGAGGAGGGCCCGGCCCCGGCCAGAGGACCCCCCGGGGCCUCGGCCUGCUGGCCAAGACCCCCCUCGGCCGGCCCGUCAAGGCCAACACCCCGCGCUGCAGGAGGCUGCAAACUUGCAUCUACGACGCCCUGGAGAGGCCCAGGGGCUGGGCCCUCCUCUAUCACGCCCUCGUAUUUCUCAUCGUCCUGGGCUGUCUGAUCUUGGCCGUCCUGACCACUUUCAAGGAGUACGAAACGGUGUCGGGGGAUUGGCUGCUCCUUCUGGAGACGUUUGCCAUUUUCAUAUUUGGCGCAGAGUUUGCCUUGAGGAUCUGGGCAGCGGGCUGCUGCUGUCGGUAUAAAGGAUGGAGGGGAAGGCUGAAGUUUGCAAGAAAGCCUUUGUGCAUGUUGGAUAUCUUCGUGCUGAUCGCUUCUGUGCCGGUGGUGGCCGUGGGGAAUCAGGGCAACGUGCUGGCCACUUCGCUCCGGAGCCUGCGUUUCCUGCAGAUCCUGCGCAUGCUUCGCAUGGACAGGAGGGGUGGCACCUGGAAGCUCCUCGGCUCUGCCAUCUGUGCCCACAGCAAAGAACUCAUCACUGCCUGGUACAUCGGGUUCCUGACCCUCAUCCUCUCCUCCUUCCUCGUCUACCUGGUGGAGAAAGACGUCCCGGAGACCGACGCCGAUGGAUUCGAGGCCAAAGAAGAGUUCGAGACCUAUGCAGAUGCACUGUGGUGGGGGCUGAUUACUUUGGCCACUAUUGGUUACGGUGACAAGACUCCCAAAACCUGGGAGGGCCGUCUGAUCGCUGCUACGUUUUCCCUCAUUGGGGUAUCGUUUUUUGCUCUUCCAGCUGGGAUCCUCGGGUCAGGGCUGGCUCUGAAGGUCCAAGAACAGCAUCGGCAGAAGCAUUUUGAAAAGCGAAGGAAGCCAGCAGCGGAACUUAUACAGGCUGCAUGGAGAUAUUACGCUACUAAUCCCAACAGGCUCGAUCUCGUAGCCACCUGGAGGUUUUAUGAAUCGAUCGUGUCUUUUCCAUACUUCAGAAAGGAGCAGUUGGAGGCUGCAGCCAGCCAAAAGCUGGGUCUCUUGGAUCGGGUUCGACUUUCUAAUCCUCGUGGUUCCAAUACUAAAGGAAAGCUAUUUACCCCUCUGAAUGUAGAUGCCAUUGAAGAAAGCCCUUCUAAAGAGCCAAAGAAUGUUGGCUUGAAUAAUAAGGAACGUUUUCGCACAGCAUUCCGUAUGAAGGCCUAUGCAUUUUGGCAAAGCUCUGAAGAUGCUGGAACAGGGGACCCUCUGACUGAAGAGAGGGGCUACAGUAAUGAGUUUCUCAUUGAAGACAUGAUCCCCACUCUGAAGUCUGCAAUCAGAGCUGUCAGGAUCCUGCAAUUUCGUCUCUAUAAAAAGAAGUUCAAGGAGACAUUGAGGCCUUAUGAUGUGAAGGAUGUGAUAGAGCAAUAUUCAGCGGGGCAUCUCGAUAUGCUUUCCAGAAUCAAAUACCUUCAGACAAGAGUAGAUAUGAUUUUUACCCCAGGACCUCCAUCCACCCCAAAACACAAGAAGUUCCAGAAGGGCGGAGCUUUCUCAUAUCCUCCUCAACAGUCUCCCAGAAAUGAUCCAUAUGUAGCCAAAGCGACUGCAUCUGAAACUGAAGACCAAAGCAUGAUGGGAAAGUUUGUUAAAGUUGAAAGGCAGGUGCACGACAUGGGGAAGAAACUGGAUUUUCUGGUUGACAUGCACAUGCAGCACACGGAACAGCUCCAGGUGCAAGUCACGGAUUUCUUCCCCUCCCGAGAGACAGUCUUCCCGGCCGAGGUGGCGAAGAGGGACGAGAACAGGUACUCUGAAUUGAAAUCCAUCAUGUACAACUAUUCCGGCACAUGCGCCCAUGACACCCCCUUUAACUGCCACCAGGUGCCCAUCAACAAAGUCAGGCCCUAUGGCUUCUUUGCCCAUGACCCGGUGACCUUUGCCCAUGACCACGUGACCUUGUCACUGAGUGGGCGCAGGUCUGGCAAGCUGCAGACCGCCCCCUCCUCCGCUGCGUACGCAGAAAGGCCCACAGUCUUGCCCAUCCUGACUCUCCUCGACUCCCGGGCCGGUUACCCCUCCCAGCCCGAGUUGCCCAGCCCCUACUCGGACAGGAUAUCGCCCCGACAGAGGCGGAGGCAGAGACCCAGUCUGACCAGAGACAGCGACACCCCACUGUCUCUGCUCUCCGUCAACCACGAGGAACUUGCACGUUCACCAAGUGGCUUCAGCAUCUCCCAGGAAAGAGACGAUUACCUCUUUGGCCCCAGCGGGGGAUCGAGCUGGAUGAGGGAGAAACGAUACCUGGCCGAAGGCGAGACGGACACGGACACUGACCCCUUCACUCCCAGCGGCUCCAUGCCUCUGUCCUCCACGGGGGAUGGGGUUUCUGACUCCGUAUGGACCCCUUCCAACAAGCCCAUAUAAAGGGGGUCACUGGCUGGCCUUUCUCUCUGCUGUAAACACACUUUGUAUAGCCCACUUAGUCUUGCCCCCAAAGCUUACUAGUUCAGACGCCAAUGGCUGCAUUCGAUGCAUGGUAUAUUAGUGGUGAUCACGGCGACAUUUCAUGGGAAUUUACGAAUGUGGUUUUUUUUUUUUUCAUGCCACCGAAACUAAGCCAUUUAGUUUUGGGCAUGGCUUGCAUGACUUUACGCUAUAUAAAUGGUACAGCUGAUUUCUUCUAUGAUA